AUGCCGCAGAAAGCGCUGGGACCCGUUGUAGUUCUGUUCUGGGCCGGGGCCUGUCUGGUGCAGGCGAAGGAGUUCUGUUUUGGGGUCAACAAUGAGCAGUAUCGCUGUGAGAUGGGCUACUGCUGCGGAGAAACAGAAUGCUGCACCUACUACUAUGAACUUUGGUGGUUCUGGCUCGUUUGGACUCUGAUCAUCAUGCUGAGCUGCUGUUGUGCCUAUCGCCACAGAAGAGUCAAGAUGCGUUUACAGCAGGAGCAGCGUCAGCGGGAGAUCAGCCUGAUGGCCUACCAGGGAGCCUCCAGUUCCUUCAUCUCUCCUCCUCCGCUUAAUCUGAGGUUUUGGAAUGACUGCAAACUUCCUGACUAUGAAGAGGUCGUGGGCCACCCCCCAACACCCCCACCCCCAUAUUCAGAGACCCCCCCGGAUGGUGCGCAGGUGGCUCCACAGCAGCUGCAGGUAAACGCAGAGACCGUGGAGACAGAGACUUCUGCGUUAGCUCAGGGAGACGCAGCCUCCGGGCCCGAGUCUGGUCCUGAACCCGGCUCAGCGUCUAGCCCAGAGUCCGGUCCGGAACCAGCGUCCGGAGCCGCGGAGGACGAUGAGGAGCUCAACACUCGGCGCCGUCACGUCACCGGUGAUUCUGGGAUCGAGGUGUGCGUGUGCGAGGUGGACGCAGACGAGGACAGCGAUGACGACCGCAUGUGCACCGCGACCGGAGACUACUGCUCGGCCCGACAGCAGAGGCAGCCCUUCAUCCCCAAGGACCAUCAGGCUGAGGUCCCAGGCCACGGCACCAGCUCCGCAGACCACAUGGUGUGA